AUGGCCACCCGCCUCGCCAUCGCCGCGCUCCUCCUGCUCGCCUCCGCCUCCUCCACCGCAGCCGCGGCCGGCGAGGAGGUGGCCGGGAAGGUGGCUGUGGCGCUGUACUACGAGUCGCUGUGCCCCUACUCGGCGCGCUUCGUGGUGAACCACCUCGCCAAGGUCUUCGUGGACGGCCUCCUCGAGGUCGUGGACCUCACGCUCGUCCCCUACGGCAACGCCGGGAUCCACCCCGGCGGAGUGAUCUCCUGCCAGCAUGGUCCGUACGAGUGCCUUCUCAAUACCGUGGAAGCUUGCGCCAUCGACGCCUGGCCGGAUUUGGAUGUGCAUUUCAGCUUCAUCUACUGCGUGGAGGACCUGGUGGUGAAGCGCCAGUACAAGGAUUGGGAGUCCUGCUUCCAGAAGCUGGGCCUCGACCCCGAGCCUGUAACACAAUGCUACAACAGCGAACAUGGCCACAAGCUUGAGCUCGAGUACGCGAACCAGACUAACGCUCUCGAGCCCCCGCACCGGUAUGUCCCCUGGGUGGUCGUCGACGGGCAGCCCCUGCUAGAGGAUUACGAGAAUUUCGAGGCUUACACCUGCAAGGCCUACAAGGGCACUCCACCGAAGGCCUGCGAGGGGCUGGGACGUCUGCAGAUGGCGCUCGAGACAGCGGAGGCGCGCAACGGCGUCAGCUACAACUCCGGCGUCAGCAAGCUUGCAACUGCUGAAGAUGGGGGUAGGGAGCAGCAGUAA